UUUCACCAUCACCUGUGCGUAGCAGUUGAAUGAAAGUGGAGCCCCCAGCAGUGUGGCUGACAGGUAACAAUUGUGACGCAGGCAGUUCGCCGAAAUCUCUGCAAUAGUCACACGGUCUAGAUCAAUUUUGAUUUCGGACCCGUGUUCUUGUUUCGACAGAAUUUGAUGAGUUUUCCAGCCUAGAGGAAUCAAUAAAGUCCUAAUCGGGGAAAAUAACAAAAUGGUUCUGGAAGAUAUGCGUGAUCUGCUACUCGCUAGUGAUUCGCCCGACCAACUCUUUAAACCCAUUCGGACAUUACCGAUCGUCAUCUUUUUGCUCGCCUCUGAUGUUACUGUUCUUAUCACGUCCUUCGUCCUGCCCCAGUAUUACAACUCACUAGAUUACGAAAGGCAUCCCAGCCUCUAUGCUACUCUACUCUACUUGCAAAUUACUCUUUGGGUCUUGACAGUUAUUGCUGAUCAGCUGAUAACACGAAAACACCAGAAAUCUCAACUCAGCGGCUUUCUGGAAUUCAAUCGCAAGAUUAUGCCCUGCAUGAGAGCUUUUCUCAUCACAGUCACCAGCUGCAGCAUUUUACUACUCAUCACAGCUGCUGUUGCAUGGGAUUACUGUCCAAGAGAUAAAGAAAAAACUUGUUCCCAAUUUGUUCCCCUCACCCCAGCUCACUAUGUUCAGAUCAUAUUGAGCCUGCAAACAUGCAUACUUUUACCAGUGUGUCUGGCUUAUUCUGUGAGGAUACAUCAGUUCAAUGCCAGCCAUCCUCUACCCGACAUUCUGGAAGGUCAAAUGGUGUACUCCCUAUCGAGGAGUCUUCCGGCUUUCGAAGACGUCGGCGUCAGGUAUAGUUUCCACAGUCAUGAAGCCUUAAAAUCAUGUAUUCAAAUUCUUGAAACUCUUAGAGAAACGACGGACGACACUUUACUGGAAAAACAAGCUGAAGCAAUUCACUUUUUAAAGGAGCAUAACGCUAGAUUGAGUCGAAAAAUUUUGUCGCUAACGGAUCAGCUAGGCAGAUACUCUGACGCAAACGUCUAAAAAUUGUUGUUCGUUUUCUUCUCCCGUUUAGUUUUUCAUGUUACGAUGUUGCAUUUGCAAUUCUAAGGAUCUGCUUACCAGCCAUUGACAGCGUGGACGUGUUUACAUCUCUCGACGCGUUCAGCAUAGAAGCUUUUCUCUUGCCGCCUAUAGAAGCUGCUGUCUUUGUCGUCACUGCUGGAAUUUGGGAUGCGUUAUUAUUUUGGAGGUUUUCUUUAACCGUGGCCAUCACUCGUUGUUUUCCGUUGACCACUUGACCCUUUGCCGUAAAAACGGGCUUUUGUAAACCUGUAAACGAUGACGUGUAAAUGAAAUACAUUAUUGUGAUUUUUCGACUAUUA